GAAGCUGAAGGAAUGAGAUGGGCUUUCAGAAAGAAUACCUGGAUCUUAUCUUGGUCCCAAGUGGAUUACUGAUCAUGUUUGGUUACCAUCUCUUCCUGCUCUACAGAAUCCUAAGAUAUCCUGAGACCACAGUCAUUGGCUAUGAGAACCACAACAGAAUAGCUUGGGUCGAGAGAAUGAUGCAGGUCGAAUCGAGUGACCUUGGCCUAGCUCUGUCAGUGAUCUCAAGCAACACAUCGGCGGCAACCUUCCUUUGCUCCGUCUCCAUCGGUCUGAGCUCCCUGAUCGGCGCCUGGGUUGGAAGCUCUUCACAUAACCUCUUCGCCAACAGCCUGAUCUAUGGAGAUACAAGCGAAUCUACAAUGUCCAUCAAAUACAUCAGCAUCCUCUCAUUUUUCCUGGUUGCUUUUACAGCCUUCGUUCAAGCUGCAAGAUACUUUGUCCACACUACCUUCCUGAUAACCAUGCCGUAUACCGACAUGCCGGUGAAGUAUGUGCAGAUGGCGGUGACAAGGGGAAGUUAUUAUUGGUCAGUUGGACUCCGGGCGCUCUACUUUGCCGUUACUUUACUGCUAUGGAUUUUCGGUCCAAUCCCAAUGUUUGCUACAUCGGUGAUUAUGGUGAUGCUGCUGCAUAUUGUUGACAGCAACUCGCAUCCAUUGCACCAGUACAAGAAGCUUCCCUUGGGCCGGGGCCGGGGCCGGAUAAUGAAGGUGGGUCAGGAAAUGGCCAACGUCGUCAGGGCCGUCGGUGAGGAAAUGGCCGCCGUGGGUGAGGGAAUGACCGCCGCUGUUAGAGGCAUCGAGCAGAAUGGCAGGCAAGAGCAGAUCGGAUACACGACCUCAACCUAAUUGGAAAAGUAACGAUGUUUGCUUUACGAUGAAAGAUGAAUUGUGUUUAUUUUACUUAGCACGAAAUUGUAAAGGACGGAGAGAUUGGGUAGCAAAUUUCCGAGUUGAU